GCUGAUGCAUCCUAUGCUUAAGUUUUAAUACUCCGCCGCGGCAUAAAGCGACUCUCUCCCAAUCAAGACCGCAUUUGUCUGUUUCUUUUUUUUUCAUUGUUUCUUCCUUUUCACCUACACAUUUGUCAUGUCUUCUACUGCUGCUGCUGCUGAUCCAGUUGUUUCCACUCCGGAAAUCACUGCUCCCGCAACCGAUGCCAAACCGAUGCCACCGUUGCCUGUCAUUGGCAUUCCUGGUGUCGCUGGGUACACUGCUGAAAGUAAUACCAACAACCUCGUGAAUCCAACGGUUGAAAAUGAUCUUCCUGAGCCACCCCUUUCCAAUAAAUCGGCAUCCAGUGCUACGAAACGCCUCUCAUUGCUCCUAAGCAAGGCGAAAACCGCUCUUUCCCCUGCGACAGAAAGCAAAGAAGUCAAAGGCACACCUGAGGCUGAGGCUGGGCCUGCUCCUGUGCCUGAAGUCUCUGUUACUGCCGAACCUUCUUCCAACGGACCUGUCACCGAAAGUGAUCGUGAGGUUCACACCCAGAUCGUUGAGAAUGAGAGUGAAGGUCAAAAGAAGAAGCCUGGUUUCUUCAGUGUGAUGCUUCAACGAGCCAAGGAUGUACUUGAUGAGACGAAUAAGAUCGGCGGUGAAAAGCACGCUGAAACAGCUGCAGCGGCCCAACCGGCUACCACGGUGGAUGAUUCGCCGUCUGAACCGAUGGUCCACACUGCAGAUGAUAUACCACCACCCCCACCACCCAAGGAUCACGUUAAAGAUAUUGGCAUUGCUGAUCAGAUUCGCCGCCAUCUUCUCGCCAAUAAACUGUUCAGUCACAAGACAUCAGAAGAACGUCAUGCAAAUGCAGCUGUCGAAACUAGCCCGACGGAUGCCACACCGGCUGUCGGUCAAGAAACUUCUGCUCGUCGAAACCCUUCGUUGUUGAGUCGUCGUCUUACCCAUAUGCUUCGUUUGCCAAAGUGGGAUAAGAAAAAAACAUCGCCUCCAAACUCUACCCAUGAUCUUCCUGAUAAAGUGGCAGAACAACCUCACGAAGAAGCAGUAGCCAACCCGCCUGAAAUUCAAGCCGGUUCUGCAAGCGUGCAAGUUUCAGCUUAAGUUUGUGUACGAUGAGCCAUGACGUCGGAUCCAUGCAGUCAAUCCUUCCUUUUUACAAUUUUUUCUUCUUCUUUCUCUUUCAGUUAACUUAAUCAAAUCAUACCAUGAAUGGUAAUGACUUUUUCUUUUUCUUUGAUCCUCUUUUCUUUUUCCAAGAUUCUUUCUAAUUCAUCUUUCAUGUCUCUUUUUGCUUCGUAUUUUUUUUCCCUCUGUUUUCUCCUUUUUUUCCCAAAGGGAUCACAUAAUAAAUGCAUAAAGGAUGUAAUACUAUUCUUAUGGUGAUGCUUCUCUUUCCCGUGCUUCUCCUGCAUGUUGUUAUUGCAGGAAACAUUCAAAGGAAAAAAAGCGUGACCGAUGCGAUAGGCAACAUUGGCAUCUCG